AUGUGGAAUGCUGGCCCAUUUAAAUUCACAUGGAGAAUUAACAACUUUUUCAAAUUGAUAGAAGACAUAGUGCCUUCAGAAGUUUUCUGUGCUGGUGGUUGUAAUUGGCGUUUGGUUAUUUUCCCCAAAGGAAACAAUGAGAAUUAUUUGCCAAUAUACCUGGGAGUUGCUGGUUCAAAAAGUUUGCCAAAAGGAUGGAGUAGAGAAGCAAGAUGUAGCAUCGCAGUUGUCAAUCAAAUCGAUAGCAGGUCCACAGUCAAGAAAGAUUCACAAGCAAAACAUGUAUUCAAUGAAUUGGGAAUCAUGUGGGGUUUCAACUCUUUCAUUCCUCUUAGCAAAUUAAGAAAUCCUGCAGAAGGGUAUCUUGUGGGAGAUACCCUUAUAGUUGAAGCUGAGGUUCUUGUUUAUAAUGUCCAGCAUUACAGCUCAAGCAUUGACCCUAAAAAAGAAGUAGCUAGUAAUGAAACUGUAGAAAGAGAUGAUUCUCAUAUCUUUCAAUUAAUCUGUACAUGGGUAUUUAUAUACAAUUGAUUCCUAUAAUUGUGUUAUACUAAUUAGGAAGAAAUCCUAAAUAAGAAAUCCUAAAUAGGAAUACAGAAUACAUAAUAUACACAGAAAUAAUAUAAUGAUUGACUUUCCAUAACACUCCCCCUCAAGUUGGAGCAUAGAUGUUAAUCAUGCCCAACUUGUUACAAAUGUAGUCAAUCCUAGCUCCAUUCAGAGCUUUUGUGAAAAUAUCUCCUAACUGCUCUCCAGUUUUGAUAUGUCCUGUUGAGAUGAUCUGUUGUUGAAUCUUUUCACGAACAAAGUGACAAUCAAUCUCAAUAUGUUUGGUCCGCUUAUGAAAUACCGGAUUAGAAGCAAUAUG